AAUGUGGGCGCCGAAAAGUGUCUGCCCCUGUCGCUGCCGACCGCGCUGACCGGCGGCCUGUGGUUUCCGGGGGUGUUCGAGCUCCUUGCGGCGACCGUGGGCGCGUCCAUGCCGUGGAUGGCCGGCGCGCCGCCCGCGCGCACCGGGCCGGCGAUGCCAGCGCUCGUGCCGCCGUACGUCGGCGUGACCCGACAGGAGCAACUCAGCAUGUGGGGCUCGUUUUUCAACCCGUUCCGUGUCAGGCAGAGGGUGCCAGCCCAGCCGUCGUCGGUGCCGGCGGAGCCCAGGGUGCCCGCCGUCGCCAGUGCAGUGCUCAACAAGACGACGGCGGUGGACCAGCCGGCCGCCGGCGUGCAGAUCGGCGAGCCCAAGUGGGGCGUCUGUUGGAAACGGUCUUAUACGUGUCGUAUUGCAAUCUAA